UUGGUUACAGCGAGCAGAGUGGCAGCAUGUCGCGGCUCAUUGUGAAAAACCUGCCCAGUGGGAUGAAAGAAGACCGCUUCCGGAAUCUCUUUGCUGCUUUUGGAACACUGACGGAUUGCAGUUUGAAAUUUACAAAGGAUGGCAAGUUCCGCAAAUUUGGUUUUAUUGGGUUCAGAUCUGAAGAUGAGGCCAAAGCAGCACUCACCCAUUUCCAUAAAAGCUUCAUUGACACUGCCAGAGUCACGGUUGAAUUCUGUACGUCUUUUGGGGACCCACUGAAGCCUAGAGCUUGGAGCAAACACUCCCCAAAGUCUCCAGGGUUGAAAGAAACUCCCAAGAAUCUCACAAAGACUUCAGGUCAUACAGAAGCAAAUCAAAAAAAGAAGACAACAGGACACCUAGAAGAGCUGGAAGGAGAAGAGGAAUUUCAAGAUUUUGUUGCAGUGCAUCGGAAACGGACCCAGGUGGCCACUUGGUCCAAUGACACAAAAAAGGAGGAGCCUAAGAAAGGCAAAGUGAAGCCGACGGAUGAUUAUUUGAACUUUGAUUCAGAUGAGUCUGAAAGCCUUAGUGAAGAGGAAGCUGAAUUUGGACAGGAGGAACAAGAUGGUGAAGCUACCCAAAAGAGAAGAAACUCCAGAGGAAACACAGCCGUUUGCAAAGAGCUCUCAGACAUGGAUUACCUGAAGUCUAAAGUGGUGAAGGAUGAAGACACCGUGCCUUCAUCUGGAGAGGAGAGUAAGACUGAGGACACAGAUGGUGAGGAGCCUGCAGUGGGAAGGAAGCAGCAGGAGGAGGAGAUACUUAGUCACAAGAAAGCUUCUGAUUCUGGUCUUGCAGCAAAGGGUAUCCUGGAUGAAAAGCUCAAGGGCCAGGAAGUGGAGAAGAAAAAAUUAAAACCCACAGCCCAGGACAAAACCCCAGUCAGUGCAAACGGACCAACCACACCAUACACGGUGAAGCUGCGGGGUGCCCCAUUCAACGUCACGGAGCAAAACGUGAGGGAGUUUCUCUUGCCUCUUCGGCCGGUGGCGAUUAGGAUUGCGAGAAAUGCCCACGGGAACAAGACAGGUUAUGUCUUUGUUGACUUCAGCAGUGAUGAAGAAGUACAGAAAGCCUUGAAGCGAAAUCAUGAAUACAUGGGCGGACGGUACAUUGAGGUGUUUCCUGAACAGAGUGGUACCAAGUUGAAAGUGUCCUCGAAGGGCCAGGGCCAAGUGUGGCAAAGGACAAAGAAGGACAACGAGGAGGAAGAGGAUCUGUCCGAAUCAGGAAGGCUGUUUGUGAGAAACCUUCCCUACACUAGCUCCGAGGAAGACUUGGAAGGAAUAUUUUCCAAAUAUGGGCCUCUCUCUGAGAUCCACUUCCCCAUCGAUAGUCUGACCAAGAAGCCAAAAGGAUUUGCCUUUGUCACCUACAUGUUCCCCGAGCAUGCUGUGAAAGCCUUUGCAGAAGUGGACGGACAGGUGUUCCAGGGCCGAAUGUUGCAUGUCUUGCCCUCUACAAUUAAGAAGGAUGAAGGGGACGCUCCCGAUGCCGUAGGUUCCUCUUCAUACAAGAAGCAAAAGGAGUCCAAAGACAAAGCCAACAGUUCCAGUUCUCACAAUUGGAACACGCUCUUCAUGGGGACGAAUGCUGUGGCAGAUGCUGUUGCAACAAAAUACAACUCCACCAAGAGCCAAGUAUUGGAUCACGAGGGCAAGGGCAGCGUGGCGGUGAGGGUGGCUCUAGGAGAAACAGAGCUGGUCCGGAACGUCCGCCUGUUCCUGCUAGACAAUGGAGUCAGUCUGGACUCUUUCAGUCAGGCUGCUGGUGAACGCAGUAAAACCGUGAUUCUGGUGAAGAACCUGCCUGCUGGAACAAAGGAGGCGGAAUUAGAGGAGUCCUUUGGGGCUUACGGGAGCCUUGGACGGGUGCUGCUCCCUAAAGGAGGGGUGACUGCCAUAGUGGAAUUCCUGGAGCCCACGGAAGCCAAGCGGGCUUUCACAAAGCUGGCCUAUUCCAAGUUCCGGCAUGUUCCCCUCUACCUGGAAUGGGCACCUAUGGGAGUAUUUUCUGGUCCUGGGAAGAACCAACCUGAGACUUCAGGAGGCAAGAAGGAAGGCGAAACACAGCUGGGAACUGACAACCAUGAAGAUGAAGAAACUGAAACGAAGGCAGAGGAAAUCGGAAUGGUGGAAGAAGAAGAUGACAACGAGGAUGAAGAAGAAAGCAUUCCCGGCUGUACUCUCUUCAUAAAGAACCUCAACUUCAGCACCACGGAAGAAACCCUAAAGGAGGUUUUUUCUAAAGCUGGAGCUGUGAAGAGCUGCACUAUCUCAAAGAAGAAAGAUAAAGCUGGCGUGCUGCUUUCCAUGGGGUUUGGGUUUGUGGAGUACAAGAAACCAGAACAUGCUCAGAAGGCCCUCAAGCAAUUGCAGGGUUGCUCCGUGGAUGACCAUCAGCUGGAAGUGAAGAUCUCUGAAAGGGCCAUCGAGUCAGGAGUGACUUCCACCCGCAAGAAGCAAACCAGCAAGAAGCAAAGGAGUUCCAAGAUCUUAGUGCGCAACAUUCCCUUCCAGGCGACUGUGAGAGAGAUCCGAGAGCUUUUCAGCACCUUUGGAGAGCUGAAGACUGUUCGCCUACCGAAGAAAAUGGUCGGGACAGGAAGUCAUCGUGGCUUUGGGUUUGUGGACUUCCUCACGAAGCAGGAUGCUAAGAAAGCUUUCAAUGCCCUGUGCCACAGUACCCAUUUGUAUGGCAGGAGGCUGGUUUUGGAAUGGGCUGACACCGAGGAAACUGUGGAGGCUCUGAGACGGAAAACUGCUGAGCAUUUUCAUGACUCCCCGGCAAAGAAGAAGAAGAAGCGGUCAGCUGUUUUAGAAGAAAUCUUGGAGAAACUAGAGGAAGAAGGGGGUGACGAGGGAGGCUUCUAG